GUCUUUAUUUCAGAAAAUCUCCCCCACUUGAAUCCAUCCCCAGUUCUUAUUUUUCCUAUCUCUGCUUUCUUGCUCUUACUGUUGUUUUCUUUUUUUGCAAGAUCUGGCUAACACACAGGAACCAAUUCUGGAGGAAAACAAGAAGAACCAAGAGGUGGUUCUCGCCUUUUAUGACGCCUUAAAGGCUCGAGACGUGGACAAGGUUCACCAGAUUCUAGCUUCCGACCUAGAGUGGUGGUUCCAUGGCCCGCCGUCGCACCAGUUUAUGAUGCGCCUUCUCACUGGAGCCUCAUCAGACCAAUCCUUCCACUUCAACCCUCUGUCUUUCACUACCUUUGGUUCCACCGUCAUCGCCGAGGGCUGCGACUCGGCCCGCUCCAUUUCCUGGGUUCACGCCUGGACUGUUACGGAUGGGAUAAUUACUCAGGUGAGGGAGUACUUCAACACUUCUCUCACGGUUACUCGCCUCGGCAACCCGAAUCAAUCUUCACCGUCCGCUUAUAAAAAACCGGCAUCAUCCACGUCUGAGAUUACUCCCGUGCAUUGCCCUUCCAUCUGGGAGAGCAGCUUGGUCGGAAAAUCUGUUCCCGGCCUUGUCCUGGCAAUUUAGUAAUUUCAGUCGCCGUGAUCACCUGCGGCCUUGUGCAACAUAAUAAAGUAAAAUAAAAAUAAAAAUAAAAAUAAAAUAAAAUAAAGGUUGUGUCAGACUGUCACUAGCACCCUGUUCGGCUCUUGCUUUAUACAUGGGAUAAAGCACUGUGGGGCGGAGGGGUGAUGUGAACUGCUAUAUUAAGGUCCCGUUUGUUUGGGUUUGGUUUUAUUUUUUUUGUACUGUGCUUUCCUUAGGGUCUGUUUGGUUGUGUUAAAGGUGUCUGAUUUGGUUUGUUUGGAGAUGGGUGGGACUAAAUGGUUGUGUCCUCCUCUUCAUUUUAUCUGGUCUUUGGAUUUAGUAAUAAAAUUAUCCUUUUUUA